AUCUCAAACAAGCCUAUAGUGAAAGUAAACAUCGGAAUAGGCCUUCCUGUUUAUAAUACAAUUUUGCAUGGGUCAGAUCUUGAUUUUUGCUUGAACUGUGAAUGUAUUGAUGGCCCAUAUCUAGCGUUAAUUCGCCACAGGUAAAUCCAGACACCUGUCUGUCAACAGAAUGCCGCGAUGUCUGAUACUGUGGAUCAUCAUCACAACCUUAAUGAUGAACACGAGUCAUCUUGCUUUGGUUUAAUCCAGAUGGACAGAUCAGACCCACCAGAACCCAGCUGUGUGUCUAUGAAGAGUCAUCAGUCUCUAGAUCCACCAUCUAACUUCAGAAAACACUCUGAUCUUGGGUUUAGACCAGAACCCAGCUGUGUGUCUAUGAAGAGUCAUCAGUCUUUGGAUCCUCCAUCUAACUUUAAGAAGCAAACUGAUCAUGGAUUUAGAUCCGAUCCACCAGAACCCAGCGGUGUGUCUAUGAAGAGUCAUCAGUCUUUGGAUCCUCCAUCUAACUUCAAUAAACAAACUGAUCUUGGGUUUAGAUCAGAUCCACCAGAACCCAGCGCUGUGUCUAUGAAGAGUCAUCAGUCUUUGGAUCCUCCAUCUAACUUCGCUGGAAACAACAAUUUGCCAGUUUUAAGACCAGACCAGCAGAGCAGAUUAAAACCAGCAGAACCUGACUGUCACAGCUGUGACUCUCAGUCUCCUGAAGUCCUCAACACAUUCAGAUCAAAUCUACAGAGGAAGUUUGAGUGUUUGUGUGAGGGAAUAUCAAAGCAGGGAAACCCAACACUGCUGAAUAAGAUCUACACAGAGCUCUACAUCACAGAGAGAGAAAGUGGAGAGAUCAGUAAUGAACAUGAGAUGAGACAGAUUGAGACCCAAUCCAGAAGAACAGAAACAGAGGACACACCGAUCAAAUGCAAAGACAUCUUUAAACCUUUACCUGCACAAGACAAACCCAUCAGACGUGUGCUGACAAAGGGAGUCGCUGGCAUUGGAAAAACAGUUUCUGUGCAGAAGUUCAUUCUGGACUGGGCUGAAGGGAAAGAGAAUCAGGACGUCCACCUCAUAUUUCCACUUCCUUUCAGAGAGCUGAAUCUCAUGAAAGACCAAAAACUGAGUCUUCUGGAGCUUCUUCUUUUUUUCUUCCCAGAGACAAAAGAAAUGGAAAUCUCCAGCGGUGAUUAUAAAGUGUUGUUCAUCUUUGAUGGUUUGGAUGAGUGUCGCGUGUCUCUGGAUUUUCGCAGCCGUGUGAGGUUGUGUGAUGUCAGUGAAUCGGUGUCAGUGGACGUGAUGCUGACAAACCUCAUGGCGGGGCAUCUGCUUCCCUCCGCUCUCAUCUGGAUCACCUCCAGACCAGCAGCAGCCGAUCUCAUCCCGUCUGAGUGUGUCGAUCGAGUCACUGAGGUACGAGGCUUCACUGACAAACAGAAGGAGAAAUACUUCAGAAAGAGAAUCAGUGAUGAGAGUCUGAACAACAGAAUCAUCUCACACCUGAAGUCAUCCAGGAGCCUCUACAACAUGUGUCACAUCCCAGUGUUCUGCUGGAUUUCUGCCACUGUUCUAGAGAGAAUGUUGAGCAAGACAAAAAGAAAAGCCAAGAGUGAAGGAGAGAUCCCCAAGACUCUCACUGAAAUGUACACGCACUUCCUGAUCAUUCAGACAAACAUCAAACAUCAGAAGGACUAUGAGAAGAAUGAUGAAGACUUGAUGUUGAAACUGGGCAAACUGGCUUUCGAGCAGCUUGUGAAAGGCAAUCUAAUCUUCUAUGAUGAAGACCUGAGAGAGUGUGGCAUUGAUGUAGCAGAAGCAUCCGUGUACUCAGGAUUGUGCACUCAGAUCUUCAGAGAGGAGUUUGGCUUGUAUCAGGGGAAAGUUUACUGCUUUCUUCAUCUCACCGUUCAGGAGCAUCUAGCAGCUCUACAUGUGCUCUUCUCAUUCCUGCUUUAUAAUGAGGAUGUGCUUAUUCAAAGUUUACCUUCUAAACAUUCAGAUGAGUUCAGCUGUGACACUAUAUCAGAUGUGCAUCAGAGAGCUGUGGAUAAAGCUCUACAGAGUAAGAAUGGUCAUCUGGAUCUUUUCCUCAGAUUUCUUCUGGGUCUCUCACUGGAGUCCAACCAGAAACUUCUGCAGGAUCUUCUGACACUCACAGUGAACGACUCCUGGAGCAAUGAGAAAACGGUUGAGUACAUUAAAAUCUGAAUAAGAAUGAAUCCAUUACCAGAGAAAUCCAUCAAUCUGUUUCACUGUUUAAAUGAACUGGGUGAUCAGUCUCUUGUGAAUGAAGUGCAGGAGUUUGUCAAAUCUGGAAAUCUAUCAAGCAGCAGAUUCUCCUCGUCUCAGUGGUCAGCAGUGGUGUUUGUUUUACUGACCUCAGAGCAGUUAGAUGUGUUUGAGUUGAAUAAAUACAUAAGCCCAUUGAGAAAAAAAGACGACAUGACACCAGAUGAAGUUCUUCUGAAGCUGCGGCCUGUGGUUGACGCAUCAAAAUCUGCUCGGUAA